AUGCAGCUUUGCAGCUCAAUACGUGCUUCAGCACGACCUUCAAUCGCUCUUAAAAUUACUUCGACCCCGGUAUUCUCAUGGCGCACUCUGUCGACCUCCUCACUCUUGCAGACACAACUAAGGACUAUACGGCCGCUACCUUCCAGAACUCCACUCACUCUCUUAGCGGCCCGGAAUAUCUCUCUUAGCUCCCUAUUCUCUCGCAAAGCUACAGUCCCAUCUCCUACUGUUGUAGCAAACAUCACUCGCUUGGAAGCAGAGGCAAAUGUCUAUCCCCACGAUGUAUCCAAACAAAUGGCUCUCUUCGAUGCCCUCUUGGACACCAAGCUGAAAGCCUCAUAUGAACUUAUCAUAAGCCGCUGGGAGAAAAUGUGUGAAUUUGAUCCAUCUUCUCCUUUGCUUCAUUCAGAGGAAGCUUUCCGCGUCUAUAUCUCGUGUCUCGUCAAUACUGGUCAGCAAGCUGCCGUUAAUCCGGCCGUUCGACGUCGGGAUAGUCUACUCAGCGCACAUCCGCUAUCCGGGUCUUCGACGCCUGCAUCUUCCGAAACAACGUCUGGCGCUCCUUACUUGGAAGGGGAAUCGGCAGUGUCUCCGACUACAGAAAGCCCGGCGCCCACUCCUUCUACCGCUGUCAAAGUUUCUUCCAGUCACGACAUUGCUCAAAGUGUACUCUCGGGAAUGAAAGAUCCCGUCCAAAACCGUACUCCUCUGAAAAAUGUUAUUCCACCAAAUCCUCUGGCAUUAGCGACAGGUGCAGCUGCUACUCAAGGGUCACCAAUAGAAGUCACCAUUGUUGAACGCAAAGCAUCUUGGGUACCUCGUCUCGUUAGAUUUGUCGUCAUCGUUGCAGUCACUUCUUUCUUCUUCCUCGUCAUUUUAUCUGUUUUCUUUGAGAAUAGUGGUUUGAUGAAGAACGCACCUCAGCAAGCACAAUUUGAGCCGACUCCUGGUCAGACCGUGACAUUUAGUGAUGUUCACGGGGUAGAUGAAGUCAAGGACGAACUCCAAGACAUUGUUCUAUUCCUAAAGGAUCCUUCUGUGUUUGCUAGUUUGGGUGGGAAACUCCCGAAAGGUGUGCUCUUGACUGGUGCUCCCGGAACUGGAAAGACAAUGCUCGCAAGAGCCGUCGCAGGAGAGGCCGGCGUACCUUUCUUCUUUGCAUCUGGUUCCGACUUUGAAGAGAUGUUUGUUGGAGUUGGCGCGAAGCGGGUUCGAGAGCUUUUUGCGGCCGCUAGGAAGAAGGAACCCGCCAUUAUCUUCAUCGAUGAAAUUGACGCCGUUGGCGGCAAGCGUAACAAUCGACAUCAACAGUACCUGAAGCAGACAUUAAACCAACUGCUCACUGAGAUGGAUGGCUUCAAGCAGUCUGAAGGUGUGAUUGUCAUUGCGGCCACUAAUGUCCCGGAAACGCUUGACCCUGCACUGGUCCGGCCUGGUCGAUUCGAUCGACACAUUGCCGUACCUUUACCUGACAUUCGUGGGCGUGUCCAGAUAUUACAACACCACAUGAAGAACGUCACAACAAGUAGCGAUGUUGAGACCAUGCAACUUGCACGAGGGACACCGGGAUUUUCUGGUGCUGAUUUGCAAAAUAUGGUCAAUCAGGCGGCUGUCAGAGCUGCAAAGGAAAAGGCUACUGAAGUAAAUUUAAACCAUUUUGAAUGGGCUAAGGAUCGAAUUCUCAUGGGCACUGAGCGAAAAAGCGCAUACAUCGACGCCAAGAACAAAUUAGCGACGGCCUAUCACGAGGGAGGGCAUGCUUUGGUAGCAUUGUACACUGAUGGUGCUAUGCCUCUUCACAAAGUCACUUGUAUUCCUCGUGGUCAUGCUCUUGGUUAUACUUCAAUGCUUCCCGAAAACGACCGCUUUUCUAUGAACCACAAAGAAUUUCUGGCGGGUAUUGACGUCUCCUUGGGCGGUAGGGCUGCAGAAGAAAUCAUUUAUGGCGAAGAUGGGAUAACCAGUGGAGCAAGCUCUGAUAUCAGGAAUGCCAGCAGAACCGCUAGGCAUAUGGACUGUGGAUUCUCGAAGUUGGGACCUAUAUAUUAUGACGACACCGUGGAUCUGAGCCCUCGGAGAAAAGACGAAAUCGAAGAAGAAGUCAGCAAAAUCAUCAAAGCAAGCGAAGCCCGUGUAAUGGAUCUUUUGAAAUCCAAAGUUGGUGAAUUACAUCUGCUCGCACAAGCUCUUGUCGAGCACGAGACAUUAGACAAAGACGAAGUUCGCCGUGUUAUCAAAGGUGAACGUAUACGGGCCAUAUCAGAAGUUCUAAAGGACGAGCUUGCAAAAUCCUCAAACUCGUGA